GUGUGUGUGUCAGAGAGACAGAGUAGGAGUUGGGGCGUGUGUUGGGGUGUAAAGAUACGACAGCUUUCCACGAAUACGGAGUCUUUAAACUCAGCACUGGACCUGCCACACUCUCUUCCUAAUUAUAUUACAGCUGCAAGGCAAGGGUGGAGAGAGCAUCAGAGAAAGUAGGAGAGAGUGAGAGGGGAGAAGAAAUAAGGAGAAAAGAGCGGGGCAGUGGCACAGAGUGGAGAGGCGAGAGAAGAAUCUGGUAUUCAAACUAGAUCGGAGAAGGACUUCCUGCUGAGAACUGAAGCAUCAUCAUCAUUUCAAAGUCAAAAAGGGGGGCGUGUCUAUCUGCUCAUUAUGGCCCCUCCCUCUCUGUUGAUGCUGCUGAUGGUGGUUACCAUGGCAACUGGGGCCCGUUCAGCCAGCGAGGAGAAUGAACUGGAUUAUGGGUACUGGAACUAUAGAGAGGGAGCUGAUAGUGUGAAUGUAGCCUCAGUGCGCAGCGUCACCAGAGUUUUAGACGCCUGGGGAAAACGCAUCUUCCGUGAGAUCAAGACUUUACUGCACUCUCAGCCCAGCACACUGCUGCCUGACUACUCCAGGGUGCGCCCUCUAUCCGAGUCCGUCAACGAUCUGUUCAGAGAAGUCUCCCUACUGCGCAGGCGCAUCACCGAACUCUCUCAUCGCCUAGCAACCCUGGAACCGUUCCUCCGUCACCACGGCUACCGGGAGGUGGAGGAGGGGGAGGCUCUGGCACCUUCAAGCCUGAGAGGAGAGGUGGCGAGAUUGGCCCGGUACACCCCGAGGACCCCGGCCAGGGCGAGCCCACCGAGGGGGAGCCGGGUGGUGAGGAGGAGACGGGUGAGGGUCCUGAAUAACGGAGGAGGAGUGAAGCUGGUGCAGAGAGAGAGAUAGAUACAGUGAUGGAGGGAGGCUGGUGUCGGUGUGUGACACACAGAGAGCUUCUGAAACUAUCAGGCUUAUAUGAUGUAAGAAAUGCAUUUUUAUAUGUUAGGAUUUCAUUUUGAUAAAAUAACAUAAAGGCAUAUAUGACAAUGAAACACAGACACUGUUCUGUGAGAUCAGAGAUUAUGAUUAUUGUUUGUAUUAGUAGAUAGGCUAAAUAAAUCAUAUCUUUAAUAAAUACUU